UGUUGUCGCCGGUGGAACAUCCAUCCCGUCUCCUCCUCCUCCUCCUCAUUGCCUCCCCCCGCUCGCUCUGCUUCCCUCCAUGCUGCCCAUCAACGGAGACCUCACGUAAGUCGUGAGCGAGCAGUUGAGCGCCGUCGUUGUCCGACCGACUUCCCCUGGCCCCCUCUGAGAGAGACUGACGACGAUGACGACGACGGGGACGCUCUGCCGGUGAACGCGCGUGAGCGGAGAGGCUCUCUCCUCGGUGCUCUGAAGAUUCAAUCCGUGUCGGAUAAUGGAGCGAAGUGUUCCAUCGUCUCUCCACCGAGCGAGCGAGAACCCCGCCGCGGAUCCUGCCUCCGACGCCGACGCCGACACCGCCGUGCCCGCCGCGCCAGAGCCCGCAUCGGCGAACGGGCCCGUCAAGAUGAGCAUCCCCCGCAACCUGAGCUACGUGUCGGACCUCUUGGAGAAGAUGCACUUCUCCAACGAGAGCUCGGCGCUCUGCGCCACCAAAGAGGAGUGCGACGGCGGCGGCCCCGCGGCGGCGGCGGCCUCCAACGGGCCCAGCGGCGGCCACGGCGGUGAGGACGUCGCGCCUGCACAGGGCCCGUGCAGCGCUUGGGCAGAGAUGCACGCCUUCGGCCGGCCGUGCGACUACAUCAUGAUGGACAGCCCUGCGUCGCUACCGCUCCUGCGAAGGCGCGCCAAGUCACUACCCCCACCAUCGGUGCGCGCCAAGCAGGCGGCAGCGGCGAGCGGCACGGUGACACCCAACACGCGCAAGCGCGUGCGCUUCGCCGACUCGCUGGGGCUCGACCUCAUCAGCGUGCGCCACUACAGCAACAGCGAGGAGGUGUCCAUCCCGAACCGCGUGCUCUCCCAGCUGCGCCGCGGCAGCGCAAGCGGUAGCGUGCCGCGCUUCGGCUACAGCCAGCGGAUCGAGAGCCGCUUCCUGGAGCCGCAGUUUCAGCAGCCGGGCACGACGCCAGACUUCCUGGAGCGCGUGCGGUCACAGAAGGUGUCCCUCGAGAGCCUGGUGGUCACGUCGGAGCUUGGGCUGCACGGUCUCAUUAGGGUGCUUAACCUGCACUUUGAGAAGUUUGUGUCGGUGCGCUAUUCGCUCAACGGCUGGGCGACGCAGCAAGAGGUGGUGGCGACGUACGUGCCGGGUUCGAGCGACGGCCACACGGACAAGUUCGGCUUCUCCAUCAAGACGCCGCCCUUCAUGGAGGCAGGCGCGCUGAUACAGUUCGCCGUGUUGUUCGUGUCCAAGGGUCAGCAGUACUGGGACAACAACGGCGGCGCCAAUUACGUCGUGCGGUGCCACUGCCUCAAGCUGUCUCCGCCGCGGGACUACGAGGACUCGUGGAUUCACUACAUCUAGGACCCCCCCCCUCCCCCCCCGAUGGAUUUGCGGGGUCACUUCCACGUGUGAACGUGCGCAUACGCACUCGGAGGAUGCGAGGCGUGCGGAGGCGACGCGAGGGCGCCGCUCGCGGAUCGUCGAUUGAAGGCCACCGCGAGCACCGUCGUCAAUUCAGCCGUAGCCUCCAUGGACCGCGCGGCCGUGCCGGUCACAGCUAAGGGGCCAUCGGUGGCAUCGCACGCCUCACUGCCCCCUCCCCCUGCCUUUCCCUUGAGCGCCCUAAGGAGGGCGACCCAGACUGAGGGAAAAUUAUCCAACAGGGCCAAGGUGGAUUUGAGGGGCCUGCUAGAGAUUUGGGACGCAAGGAGGGGACGACGGGAAGGGGUUUUUUUUCAGCGUAAUGGAAUUCGAUAAUGGCAGCAUACGUUUUGGGUUUUGAGUAUUGAUCACCUGGGUCCAUUAACCAUUUUUAUACCGACGCUUUGGAGAUUUGCUCACAGCCGUUUGUGUAAGGUGGUUAAUUGACCCCAUGGUUUUAAAUUGUUAACACUAUUGCACGUGAAAAAAUAGUAAUCAGUCAGACAAAAGGAUGUGUAAGUAAACUGCUAAACUGCUGCAGUUGGCGUGUGCCCAUGGGAGGUAACACAGACCAGGGUGGUCCGGUUAUGGGUCCUAGAGGUAGGAGUCGCGAAUGAAACGCAUCGAGUUCUGCAGUGUGUGGCGUUCUGUCGCUUUGACGACGACGACAACGAUGAUGAUUAUUUAUGGGCAGUGUGUUGCUUGUUACGGCGCCCGUGUGAUUGUGGGGUCGGGUUCAGUGUGGACUGUGACUGUUGGCUUAGGAGGAGGCAUAGGGCAGGCAACGAUGUUCAUUUAAAUGCAAGUGUGGGGAAAUUCACUCACCCAGAUAGGGUGAACACUGAGGUCAAACUGGGGUUAAUAACGGGCGUACUGUACCAUGUUCGGGGAACAUGAGUGUUGGUGAACAUUUUUUUGUAAUAUCUACAUGCGUCAUCAUCAUUACCAUUUUCAUCAUUUAACAUCCUCGCGACCUAUCAACAUCAAGCAAAUCAUCAUUGCUAGGGGUGUAACAACAUAUUGAUUGAUAUUGGUUUGUAAGGCUCCCCAGCUAAGCGUUGAAUUGCAUAUGUAGGAAUUUUCAUCGGCCAUGAUCGAGCCACUGCUGGAUGAAGGCCUCCGAAGCCGUCCUUAUUUCUCCACCAUCUUGCGAUGCAACGGUCCAUUGCCCCCCCCCCAUCUCCACGGUUGACGUCCUCUCGGGCGUUUCCUCCUUUGGCUGCGACUCUGACGUUAGGCUCGACCUCCGGCCAUCAUCCCAAUUAGUGACAAGUCCUGGCCGAGCCCGUUUACUUUUUAAUUUAUCAAUAUGGUGCCUCUAACAUGCAUUAUCUCUGUAAUCUGUGCGGUUUAUUUUUUGUGCCACGCAGUGUAAGUAAAAGCAUGCACCUUUCCAUGCUUCUGUGCACAUGUUUCAGCUUUUGUUCUGCUGGGUCAACGUCCAUGUUUCUGAUUCACGUGUUGUGUUACUCAUAUUGAAAUUAUGUGCAAACAUUACGUUUUGGAAUAAUGGAGUGAACAAUAUAAUACCAGCGAGACGGUAAAAACGACGCAUCGUGGAAUAAGUAAUAAAUUAUUGAGUAAAAUCUAAUCUCAGCCCUGAAUCGCGGCAAGUCAUUGUAUCUCCUGGAUGGAGGUAAACCAUUGCAACCCUAAUGAUCAAUGGAAAUCGCCAAUAUCAGCAUCAGCUGCAGCAGUGCAAAACCAACAUUUUCAUUAUCAUUAGGAGCUGCAUUGGUAAUUAAUGCAGUGCUGAGUGAAAGCCUCACCCGUUCUGUAUACCUCAAAUUCAUCUCCCUCUGUUGUGUGCUCCUUACAUGUUUUUUUUAUGUAUUUUGUUUUCCAUUCUUGGAAUUUACCCAUACCUAUGUGCUUGCUGCUUCUAUGCUCGAGAAAAUGUAUGUGGCCUUCAUGUGUGUGUUUGCUAUGUUCAGUUGUGAGCGGGUGUUUGUGUGCGUCCACGUGUAUUUAUGUGUGUAUGUAUGUACAUGUGAUGGUGAGUACGUGGUAUGUUCUUGAAUUGUAUUCUGUAGUAACACUGGUCUGGGUGUAUGUUUUGGGUGUGCUUGUUUGUACUGAAACUCGCCAGGUCAGUUACUGUCAGGUAUAUUCCUGCCCAGGCAUGCAUUGCUCUGUAAUUUUCACUAAAGUUAAGCCUAGCAUUGACAUUUCGUCUUUUUCUUAGCAUUUUUGUCAUAUUGUAAGAUUCACUUUUAUAAUGCAUAUGACGUAGCCUAAUUCAUUAUCACGAGAUUGUCGACACAACCGCUCCAUCUGCUCACGCUCUAUUUGGAUGUGACCUUAAGAUUUGCAGCUCUAAUUUUGGACCCGUAGUGUUCUAAAUGCUACACUGGCACUUGCCCUACGACCUUGGCAACUUGAUUGUAUACUGGGACCUUACGAGAGAAACUGUACGAGUUGUGAUGCGAGUCGGAUGCAUUUGCCUGUGUGCGCGCGUGUGUGUGAACCACUGCCGAUCCCGUUGGCCAGAUGUCCAAGGCUUGCAUCCGGCUAUUGCAAGGGACCUGCGCAGCAUGUGCGCGUGCGCGCCAAAAUUUGGGUGAUAUCCAAUGACCCGGUUAGCUUCACGUUUGGAGCAGAAGCCCUGCACCGCCUUAGAAGGGUGACCGAAGGACAGCCUCCUUCUUGCUGGACGAGAGGGAGCUGCGUUUAGCACCCAGCAGUGCGCACUGGCCCUGAGUGACUGCUCUGACAUUUAGCGCCCAUGGCAGAGGAACGCUUUUAAAACGAGCCGCCCUGCUAUGCUGGGUGUGGGGGGAGGUGGUGGGGGUGGGGUGGAGGCUGCCUUGAAAAGCUCACUCCAUCACCUUGUGAAUGGCAGAGGUAAAAAAAGACAAAGUUACAACUGGAUGAGUGGCAUCUUUUUUUUUUAAACGUCCGCGGAUGCGCGGGGAUGUGUGGUGGUGGUUUGGGGGCACGUGGAGAAGGCGCACGCCGGCCAACUGCUGUAGUUUGAAAAUGUUGCUAAUGUUGUUAAUCCGGGAAAACGCACACACGCUUUGACUGCGCGGCGGCAACGAGGGAGACUGCGCCGGUAUUGGGAUCUACUGUCGAUGUUUGACAAUGCACCGACGAGCGACUGAAGUUUAAAUCGUUUUCCGGCAACAUAACACCAUGCAAGCAACUGUGCUUGAGCGUGCACCGAGAUGUAACAGCGCACACGCACGCACGCGUGUACCCCGUAUGUACACAAGCAGUCAGCCUUAUCCAGACCACCAGCUGCAAAGAACUGAAUGUGUGGAUAUUUUGUCGUUUAGACAACCAACUGUAAGAGUUGACAAAAUGUGGCCAUUCCAACAUAUGCCACUUCGGAGCUGGUCUUCUGAAUAAGGACGAGUGCUUUUGUCCGCACAACGCUGCACACCUUUGUGUGCGUGAUUUUUAUAUGCUUGUUUCCAGCCUGCAUUAAUUGUCCUGUUGUGAUGGGCUUUCUCGUAGUUUUGCAGUUGCGAUUAAGUACACCUACAAGCGCAGUUUAGUGUCUAUGAGCUCGGAGCUUUAAAAUGUGCAAACACUGUGUUCACCUGAGAGGUGAAAGUGGAAUAAACGCUGCACAAUGAGCAGACUGUACACUGGGGCUUUUCAAAUGUAAGAAAAUGUAAUCAAGCGAACACGAGUAUUGCGACUUGAGAUGGCGCGUGCAACGGUACCGCAGCAGAGAUGUGUGUAGAGCAGCUUGCAAUGCUCCUCUUCUCUAAUGUACAGAAUGACGGUCGUUUAGCCCUGCGCUGUUGGGAGUGCGCUACAGUGCGUGGCAUCUGGAGGGAUUGGAGAAAUGUCACCAUCGAUCGGCCAACUUAUUGUUCAGCAUCUUUAAUGGAAUUAAUUGGCUGCGUCGCACUGUUGUGCCAUCAAUCAAGGGAAUUGUGUUCUGAAGAGGGAACUGGUUGAGUCGGGGAGUGAGGGGGUUAAAACCUGGGGUCAUAACUCUGCUACUCACCACUGCCGACCAUCUGUCUUCUCAUACUCUACCGAGAUUCGCUAUUCCAAUGCAAAUUAUCUGCUGAUGCAUCGCUCACAGCUGUUGAUGGCAAACAUCGACCAGUGUCUUUAUUCAGAAGUUGGGUGACGUCCCUUUCAUAUUCUUCUUUCAGUUAACGUUUUCUCGUUAUGCAAGGGAGACUUCGGUGUUACCCUCCAGAAAGGGUCCCUAACAAAUACAGUACGUGAAACAGAAUUUUACUUUCAAAUUUGGUAUCCGGACUAUGGCAUGGGCACAACAAGGGCCGCAUCGGUAUUUUAUUUUUGUGAGUGACAUCACAGGAUCUUGAGGGACCAAUUUACAACAGUCGGCACGCUUUGGUAAGAACAACAGUCGGCACGCUUUGGUAAGAACAACAGUCGGCACGCUUUGGUAACAACAACAUCGCACAGAUUUGAAGCUCGUGGCUCCAUUUCGUACGUUGCCAAAAAGCAGUUUUCCGUGGACCUGGUAGGAAACUGCCCAAAUUGACAGAGCAUUGCAUAGGUCUGGCCAUGUUUGCACCACAUAUUUGCGGAAACUAGCUUAACCACAACACAAUGGACAGCAAAAGGAUCGUGGGAUAGGAGUUGCUCUUUUAGGCUCCUUGCUGAAAGAGACACGGCUGUGUGAAUUGUUGAACACGAAUGAACAUGGCUGCUGCAACCCCAGGAGAAUGUAAAUCUACUACCAGUUCAUAAAACAUUUAAAAAUAUAUUUUUACUUGAAAAAAUAUUUACAACCCCUUUGUCAGCGCCUGCUAGAUGAAGGCUUCCCCACGCCCUGUUGGUCAUAGGGGUCCAUUUGACCGUUACCUCGUGCUGGUUUGUGAAGGGAAGGCAACUACUGCUUCAGAUAAUCGCUCAUCACUGAUGUUAGCCGUGGCCCGGCAGAAAACUCGGGUCACCAGCUUUAUAGCGCAGUGCGCAAACCACUGCGCCACUGCUUUGGCGUGGUAUGCACUGCACUCUAUCCACCCUUUUCCCUGUCCCAUAUUUAUUUUAUAUCUCUUUAAAUUGCGAGCCAAGUGAGAAGUUUCACUUCAGGAGUUCCACGACUCUGUGCAACAGCUCCUUAUUUCCGAUGGAGAAAGCUGACCCUGCACAGUUGCUUCUGAGUUCACGUAAACCUUGGUCUGUACACACCGCUUCUGAAUUGGUGCUGUCUGACAAACUAUGGGUUAAAGCUUUACACACCUGAAGCAAUUAAAUGAAAAUGCAGAGAGAGCUCGGCAGAGCGACAGUGGAUGGGAGCAGUAGUACUAAGCCACUUGCUUUCCUUGAGCCGAGAUUGGCUUGGAAUGGUCACAUCACUGAGCUUGUUUCAGUGUGUGCUGCGAAAUGAGUAAAACUGUACUGCAGUCUGUGGUUGCCCUAUGGAGAGAAUGGCCACUACCAGGGGAAUGUAGAGUUUUUUUUUUUUAUAUGGCUGGCUUGAACCUCCCAAGAGAGUUUAAGACUGCCUUAUUGAUCAGGGAGACACGUUGAAGUCAUUGUAGUUUAUUAAAAUCGAUUUUUGGGUUAGGCCUUGUUAACAAAAAUACAUUCAUCAUAUUAAUGGCUGUAAAAAGCUACGUAUUAAAUUGUAGUCUAUGUAAACACUUUUGAUUACUGUUUUUUGGGAAGUCAGCAAUGGUUGUGCAUAAAUUGGCCCCUGUCUUGAUAAUGUGGAAUUGCCACCACUGGUCCAGGACCACCAACAGAGAUGAGCACUGACCAGUAGUCAUGUGAGUUGGGAGUAUUUUUUUCCCAUAAUAUCAUGUGGAUAAAAGGUAUUCUGCAGAUAACUUAAUAACACUUCAAUGUGCUCGGGAAAAAUUAAGAUCACGCUCUGACUGGAUGUUAAACAUUACACACUGGACAGGGUGAAAUCUAUCUCAGUUGAACGACAGUUGGUGGUUAGAGAGAAGCGGAAAGAGCACUGCAAGGAGAUAUAAUUAAAGGAAAUGGUCGUCCCCCCAACAGGCCUCAAGGCCAAAGGACUAUAUAAGUAGAUGCAUUGAUAUGCUCUAAUCGAAAUUGAAUUAUAUUGCAAUUGAAAACAACAACAACAGUGACUGCAAGUGUACCCAGCAUGUGCUUGGUAAGAGAUACACCCACGAUCGAGUUGGCCUGGUUGUCAUGGGGCCUAACGCAUCUGUCAAAGCAUCGAGCCACCUCCCCUUACCGGCCUGGUUUGAACCCCAGGGGGCCACAUAGAGCGGAAUUAAUUGUCACGGUCGGUGAGCUUUAUAAUAAUGAUGACAAUUUCUCUAGCACCGUAAUAUGGAAAGCCAUCACAAGGGCACUUGGUCACGAAUUCCAAAGUCAAAAUGUCUCCCUCACUCAAAAACGCAUAGGGCGGGCACUGUCCCUCAGUUGGUGGCCCUGAGCCAGUGGUGGAAAUUCCACGUUCCUAUGGCAGGAUACUAUAGAGCACGAUCACUGAUGACUGCACAAAAGCAGUUGAACAUUAUAUUUGUGCUGGAAUUUGUCGCGGCCAGCUCUUGAGGGUCUACCAGUGUCGGACACAAAAGGGAAGUCCAUAAGAAACGAAACCUAAUGGAGCGACGUCCUCGAAAUGCUAUGCUGAUAGCACAAUUGGUGUGUAAUUGAGUAGAGAGUCAAAUAAUAACAAAAUUUUUUAAUCCUCAACAAUAAUGUGCAGUUUAAUGACAGCCCAUUCGUAAAUGCCUCGCGGAGGUCGGAGAUACCCACUGAGAUGAGAACUUCGCGCUCGGGAUAAUGAAAUUAUGUGCACGUCGUGGGUGAAUUCCCAAGCCUGGAGGCGCGCCGGCUGAUUUUAAUUUUUGUCGUUGAUUUAAGCCCCCCGCCACCACCAUAGCACCAGCACCUUAAUAACCUACUUUUAAAAGAACACUUUCGUCAAUAACAAUGCCUUCAAAGAAUAUAUAUAAUCUUGAUUUGAAGCUUUCGUGACUGCAGGAAUCCAUACUCUUUGGUUCUUUCGGUAAAGUAACGUAGGUAGAAAAUAAAAUAAUGUCACGACGUUUCGGACGCUUGUGUUGCGCCCGAAACGUCGUGAUUUAUUUUAUUUUAUACCUACGUGACUUUACCGAAAGAACCAAAAAGUAUAAUAUAUAUAAUAGGAGACAUUUGGUACAAUGGCCCUUCAUAUGCUACCAAGGGCCAUUUAACACAACUCCGCCAAUGAUAUAUUUUCUCCCUCGUAAUGUGAAGGAGAUUCGGAAACUUGUUCUUUUUUAACGCAGUGUUUUUGGCGAAUAUGAGGCGUUUUGUUGUUCAUUAAUUAUGCUUGUGCACCACUGCCAACGCAGCAGGAUCACCAAAUGUAUUUUUUACAUGUGUUUUGUUGUUGUUAAAGGCACUCUCUGACGUGAAUCACCCUUUAUGAGAUGACGGAUACCGGGGGAGGAGCGGCUUCCGUGGUGCCUAUCGACGGCCUCCUUCCUGGGUUGUUGGCUGUGUUGAUGGUUUGUUCUAUGGGCCUUGUCCAGCUCUCAAGUUAUGCAGGAGGACGUGGGUUCAAUCCUGACCCAUGACGCCUGCUGAUUCUCUAGAGUUUGUGAUCGCGAGGAUUUUUCUUCGGGUCCUCCAGUUUUUCCCUCCACAUUUAGAACGUGCAUAUUUAACAGUAUUUGGCUGAUAUAUAUGUCCACGUGAUGAGCAACUUCUUUGAGCUAUCAUUUGUGACCUGGUCGUUUUUGUAAAAGAGCGAUAUAGCUGCACCCUCUCUGCAGGAAUGUUCAAGUGUCUAGUUAAUCGGUUCAUGUGGAGAAGCUCUGUGGAUCAUUCUCAGGAUUGUGAGAGAUGGUGGUGGCUCAGGCAGGCCUUCAACCCAGCAGGGGAUUGAUCAUGGCUAACUAUGAUGAUGAUGAUGGGAGUGUGUGUUUGUGUUGCUAUAUUUAUUGUGGGUGGCAUCAAGAGGAGAAAUAAUGUUGCAUCUGUUCCGGAACUCGCAGCAACUUUGUUGCAAAAUCUGGAAAAGGCUCCGUGUUGCCAUGGCCAACAGCGAUGUGAUUGGCUGCGUGUGAUCACGUGAGAUGGAUACAGUUGUUAUGACAACACAAAGGCAAAGAUAAAUAUGGCGGCGAAUGUUAAAGCACGCAGGUGUUAAAUAUUAAUAAUGUACUUGAUAAAUAUAUCUUUAUGAUGGUAAAUAGUACACUCAUUAUAAAUUAUACAUAAUUUCGUAUUAAAUUUUAUUCAUGUAAAAUUCCUUCAUGUUUUAAUACAGUUCAUUAUUGGACCUGGCUCAGGUUGUAGCUCAUUAUUAACAGAGUUAACGCUCCCAAUGAGAUGCGGUUAGGGCAGGGGUCGGCACCCUGUGGGUGCAGAGCCGCAUGCGGCUCUUCAAAGGACUCCUUCGUGACGUCAGUUAUUAACUACCACCGUCUCAUAUUCACAUGCAUUGCAGCUCUUUAAAUAUGGAGUUUUUUUUUACCGAAUUCGAAAAAUAUGGCUGUUCUUAUUGUGCUUUCCGACUCCUGGGUUAGGGUCCAUCGGUGAUCAUAUUCGUAGCCGGGCGGUUACCCGCAACCUUCAGCUGACAUUGGGCAAGGAACCACGUCAAAUUAAGGAGCCAUGUUCAACGAUAUUGACUUUGGUGUCCGUAAUCUGAUGAGCAACAGGAGCACGUGGAUCAGGGAACAAACACAAACCAGAGACGUCACAUUGACAAGAGGACUAAAUGGGCUCGGGGUAGGACACAUCGCCGGACGGAAUGAUGGGAUGGCAACGGUGUGGAAAGGCCUUCAUCCAACAGUGGCAUUGACAAUGGCUCAUGAUGAUGAAGACGAAUAUGUUGAGAGUUCGGCGAUGGAAGCUUCUCCGUGUGGCACACUUGGGCGGUGGGAGCGUAAUGGAAACGCCUCACACUGUGGUGAGAGUGUCCCAGUCGCGAUCAGAAGGUCAAGGGUUACAAUUCCGGUCGGGGUGUGGUUGGAUUGUCAUCCCUUCUGGUUGGUUAAAAUUAAUAGCACCACUUUGGUGAAAGUACACAGCAGUUCUUCGAAUACACUGGUCCCCGUCGUAGGAAUGUGGAAUUCCCACCACUGGCUCAGGGCCGCCAUUGAAGAUGACACGUGGACGUUUAGCCGUCGGAAGGUGAAAAUCACCCGGUUAUCUUGUCAGGACAAUCGAGUUACCAUGGGCUCGGCGUGUUCCGCGUGUACACAGGGUGGGUGGACAUUCUGGGCCUUGGACAAAGUUGCGAGAGACGGUGCCUUGGGGACGUUUGAGUAAUGAGAAUUGCUUGUGCAGGAGGAUUGGGAGCAUUCUGCGAGAGAGAGGGAGACGGCCAGCACUGUACCGUGUGGCAUGUGCGGGUGAAUGAGCCUCGGUAUUAUUUUUAUACGUAAACACGCACGUGAUGAACACGCAAGCGCGCAGCCAAAAAAACACCGGACACGGGGAUGCGCGCACGUGCACUCCAGCAAUGCUCUAAGAAAUCACCGAGUCUCCAGAGCGGGUGUCUCGUGGCUUUCCCGGCCUUACGUGCGAGCAUUUGCUGUGGUGGGUUCCCCCCCCCCCCCCUCACAUUGUUUGAUCGCAAUACAUUUUGCUAUCACUUGGCCGGGAUUCCCAUUGACUGGACGCACGUGUUACGACCCUCUUUCAUGUGCCUCGCCAGUGACUCGACAUUUCAAGUUGUUGUACACGUACAGCAAAGGGGCUGUUGUCUGGUACAGCCUUAAGCAAUAUGCGCGCCGGCGAGACGAGUGGCCGUUAGACUGGCGCCGCGCCAUGAGAAUGUCCAUUAGUUCAGGGUCCGUUAAGGGUGACGAGAUGGCCCCAGAUGCAUUGCAACCUUAGAUAACACAUCUCACUCUUUGCCUUUGGAUUAUUAUGCAAUAAUAAGUCAGGGAAGGCGAUUUUGUUGAAGUCACUUGAAGGAAAUAACAUUCUUUCCGUCAGCCUGUUGGUUAUUUUUCCACGUUGAUGUUUGCCAGUAGCAUUUGUUUAUAAGUUGAUAAUUUUGGACCAAUUUCAUCUUCGCUCUCUUUACAUCCCUCCGCCUCUCUCCACCUAGCAGUAUAAAAUUGGUACGCCACAAUUAAGUUGAUUUUGCAGAUCGUGUGUAGAGGGUUAAAGUGUGGGUACUAUCCUGCCUUCCAAGACGUCCGGUCAGCCAGCGUGGAAGAGUAAGCCAAAUACCCUCUAGGCCGCUCCCCCUGUAGUAGAAUCUCAUCGGCAAGGUGUGCACGCUGAUUGGCUGCCUUGUGCAAAGCCUGCUUUCAGUUGGCGAUCUGACCCACAGUCUUCGCCCGAUCCAGAUUGGCUGUAGCACUGCGUGCGUUUGAUGUCACGAUUGUGAUUUAUUUAUUCGCGUGUCUAAAAUAUCCGCGUGCGUGGGCCAUGGCGGAGACGCUCGCAUCUUGAAUUUCCAUCCUCUGGCCUGCCGGCAGAACGCCAAUCUUUUGACUACUUACUGUAGUGGAGUCGACAUAAAACUUUCAUGGGGAAGCGAAGCCGUGCAGUGCUCAUGCCUUAGCGCAGAGCCUAAAUCUCAUUAAUAAAUGAUUGGACUCGCGUUGUGCCCAUCACCACUGGGACAUCUUUUGGAUGAAAACAACGAGCAGUUGACAGUGAGGACCGUCCUUUCUCUUGAGUGCUUCCUGCCGAAUACGUUACAAGUUUUUUUUUUUCAAUGAAAUACAUGGAAAGAUCUGCAGCCUUUCAGGCUUUAAGUGGGCGCCACGUUAGGCUCUCUGCUGCAUGCUUUAGCAUUUAAUUAUAAGUGCGGUAGUGCUCUCGACUGUCUCUGGACAUCAGAAUUAUUAUCUAUCCAAAGUGGUGAGCCAGGGACGAAUUUAAAUGACUCGAAUGUGCAGAACAACAGGGAUGCACGAAUGGUACAGGCUGGGGACAUUCCCGCAGUAGGUCCCAUCUGCUGUAUACUAAGUACAAGUGGAGCCCUGCAAUUGCUUGCUCUACAACUGUUGGCGGAAGAGCCUCCGUUCAAGGGAGCUCUUGGCCGACUCUUCCAUGUUGACCAGAUGUAUUGGACGACGAUCUGCUCGUCUUGUUUAGCAAAACAUCACAUAGGCCCAGGGCCAAGAGGCUACACAGUUUUCAGAGGGUCGUGAAAGGAAACGGUUUACACUCAACGUAAACCGUUUUUUUUUAUUUUGAAUGACCGAGACAAAAAGUAUCGGUGCCUCCCUGCGCAAACUACCAUAGGGUGGUACUCAUCUUCUAUUAGCUGCCCUGAGCAAUUGAUGGAGAUUCCACAUUCUUGGCCAGGUCAAGUCUUUCAACAGGACGACCACCAUUGAUGACUUUGCACAUAGUGCUCAUUUUAUCGCCAUUGGACAAAUGAUGGGGUUGAGUCAACCUUCAGCUUAUUGUAAUUCGGGUGCUUUGCCACAGCGCUUCGUAUGUGUAGGCAAAUUGCAAGGAACUACAAUUUUAAUACCGUGGCUUCAGAGAGUUUGCAACGUGAGAGUGUCUUGCAUAAGUGGAGGCAGAUGUGUGGGCUGAUGGUGAAAUGUGGCACUCACUCAGGGCGACAGUUUUUCGUGAACUUGAGCAGCCCGUGUGCGCCUCGUCGUGUUGUGACGUCAUCACGGUGACUGCCGAGAACUUGUUGCGAGAUUCGCAGGAACGAAGCGCUCGCUGGUGCCGCUCUGCUAAAAACGUCGCCACAUCUUGCGCGUUGCUCGUCACGCGUCACGCUCGCGUGGUCAGUUUUGUCGACAGACGCGACCGGGUUGCUGCUUCCCCCCCCCCCCCCCCCCCCGUCUAGAAAUAGCGCUGUGUGUGUGUACCGCGCAGUCAGUCUGGUUUCCAAGGUGAAGCACGCACUCGUGCCCGCUGGUAAUGAUGCCUCUCCCGCUAACGAGGUCCAUUAGCGCUAUCCAGACAGCAUUUACAAACGGCUGGGGGCACGGCGAUCUGAUUGGGUGACGUGGCGAGAUCGCGGCGGGGAAAAGUUGCAGACAUUCCUAGGAAUAGUGUGAGCCGGGCAGCAAUCAGUAUCUGAAAAUGUGCUGAUUGCUAUUAAUGGCCUGAUCUGAUUAGACUGCUUCUUGUGUUACCUUCGUGAGCGAAUUUGUGUGAAGUUAGGGCGUGCGUAGGCACGUCUCGGUGCAAAUCGUUCGGCGUGGCAGGGAUUUAUGCGCGGAGCAGUCGUCUUGUACCGCUCGAGGUUAAAAUCCUGGUUGGGACGCGACGACAAAACGGACGUCACUUUGUGUGUGAGGAAUCGCAACGGAGGUUGUCGUACCAGGGACGGCGCCUGUCAGGCGAAUGUGGAAUUUUCUGCCAAUGACUCACAGGGCAGCCAAUGUAGUUGAGAACGUCUCCAUUGGUUUCUAUUUGUAGCUCCGGAUUGAGGAGAACUGCAACCUGGAGCCAUGACCUGCCACUGCAGCUCAUCGCUUGAGCCGACUUGCAAAUCUUGCCUCGUGUGUACGUGAGAGCCGUGACCGCAUCCUUUUACGCCACGGAGGAUGAGUCACCGCCGCGCCUCCCUGGACAUUGCAUUAUCUUACAAAUCCGCGUUCUCACGUAGUGUCAUCUAAUUGGGGGUGAGGUUUUGCAAGUGGGAUAGUGGUGUAAUAUCCAUUUCCUGUUGGUGAGGCACUGCUUAUGAAUGAGACCCACGUUUCAUUGGAUGAUGGACGUAAACACAAUAUUACUAUCUUGCAAUAAUAUUUGGAAUGUGAACUGCAAUGCAUUGUAGAUUAAUUGCUGCAAUGAAAGAUGGUGUUUGGGAUUGGGUAAAGUGUUAUAGUUAGGGGUAGGGUUAUGGGUUGUGAAAGGGAUCAAAUCCAAACCAAAUGUUGUGAAGCGUUGGAGUGACAUCAUAAAUGUGUUUUGAAAUUUUUGUAUUGCAGUGAUUGGGGUGGAAUGGUGGCACAGUGGUGAGCACAUUGCACUAUGAACUCGGUGGCCUGAGUUCAAUUUCCAGCCACCGAUAACGUCAGUGGCGAGUUAUAGCUGCACCGGUCGCUCGGCACCCUCUUCACUAACCCACAUGGUAAAGUACAGUCAGAUAACCUCUAUGACAAAGGCUUGGGGAGGCCUUCCUCCAACAGUUGAUACUGCACUGUAUAAUAUUACAUUUUAUACAGUGCAGUUGUGUAGUUUGGGGUUAGUGUUGAACUGUCACUGUUAGGCACAGGGAUAACCGCUGGGCUUAUAGGUCGAACCGUGGAUGGGCGCAAGCCAAACCCCCAACUCUCAUGACGCGCGCGAUCCCACAAUGAUUUUUAGUUUUUGUGUGUCACGCCACGAUUGUAAACCGGCCCUGGGCCUUUGGCAGUGUCUGCAAGCGGUUUACAGAAUCCGCAUUGUGUUACCGAGGACAUUGUUGAGGGUAGAGUAAUAUUUAUCUGUUUAUUUUGGGACUACCGCCCCCAUUGCUGCAUAGCAAAUGCGCCCCUGUAGAUAACCAGUUCUCCGUGGAAUUAGUGGUGUUACUAAAUCAUUGGCUUAGUUUGCACAGUCUGCUAAUUUACCAAGGUGCAUCAUCGGGUUUUAAUCAUCUUGUGAUAUCAUCGCGCACAGGAGGAGGAGGUCGUUAUGUGCCCAGACCAUAACGUGAGUCAAAAUUUUAAAUGAAAAAAAAUCUGCUAGCAAAAGUUUUAAUAGAAUCACCGUAUAAAAUGGCGUGUGUGUGUCACUACUAAGUUGGUCUCCCUUGCGUAAAAAAGGUAAUGGAUCUCAUUGGGCUCUUGCUUCAGUAAUUAUAGGACCUUGGCUUGAAAUGAAAUAAGUAUUUGUGACCCCGGGUACACCGAGCGCUCUCCUGUUGUAGAGACCCGUGUGUAUUUAUUAAGUGGUUGUGUGCAGAUAGGAUAGAACGAGUUGGUGCUCUCAGAGCAAAUUGAAGGGAUUUAGACGAGAUAUGUACCAGCGUGGUUAAGACAUCCACGCAAUCGCUGCUGGCCCUGACUUAUGAUGUCAUGUCUCCCCGAUGCGGUUUUCGGGUUUGGACCGCAUGUUGUCCGGUACGAUGUCCAACGUUUCGCAUGCCCUGGGAGGCUGUUCAGGAACGGGUUUGUUCCUUGAACACCUUCAAUUCAGUUUCUGUUGAAGCUCUCGGCACGUGGAAUACAAACUUAAAACGCGAAGACACUAACAGACGCAUCGGAGAGAUAUUUCGUCAGACUCUCGCAAAAUGACAGUGGGAAUUAUUAUCACGUGACAUUUUUAUCCAUUAGAAAAAGAUACACGCUGAAUCUCGGUCAACUCGGGAGAGAUCCGUUGGGUGUUGGGCUAAUUCCUUUUUGAGUAGUUUUGCAAUAGAAAAGAUGUUCUGCAUACACUAUUUGCAUAUACUUUAAACACACGAGAAUGACGAAUACACCGCACCCCGUAUAUAUUACAGCUUCACCAGAAGACAAACCACAGAUUAUCCGUCGCGCUCACACGGUGUUCAUGGAUGUGUUCAUGUUGCCGUCUAACGUCAGCUUUGUGAAUGCAGUCGAAGCUGGAUAUAACCAAACUACCUUCGGAGCAAGGCCACGUGUGCUUAUAUCCACAGUAGCGUGUUUGCAUCAGAUGUUGCCAUUCACCCUGAGCGGCAAGGUGGCCCAGUGGUAACCUCGUGGCCCACAGCAUUCCUGGGUUCGAUUCACCGACUCGGGGUGCCUUUCUGUGUGCAGUUGCUAAAUUCUCCCCCGCUCUUCUGCGUGGAUUUCCUCCGGGUUCGCCGGUUUCCUCCCAUAUUUACAAAAAACAACCCCAUACAAUUUAGUGCACCUAGGAUUGACCAAACAUCUUAAUGCUGAAAAAUGAAACGGCAAUUUGCUCAAAGUGUGAUGACUGUGCGCACAGCAGUAACAUCGCCUCCUGCUGUAAAGAUGUUUUUGUGAGGCCCCUCCUGAAAACGAUUCCUGAGACUGGAGGCAUUCCCUCGGCAAAAAAAUCGUAGUAACAACAACCUUCCGCCCACCAGCGUGACAAUGUAAAAACGUGUGUUGCUUACAUCAGAACGGAGCAUGUGGUAGGUGUGCUUAUAUCCAGCUUCUACUUUACGACGAUUUGCUAAGGAGUUUAAAAAAAUCCGCUGUAAGCGCACGAUGGUUGAGUGGCUGUGUGUGUGGGGGGGGUCUGUGUGUCAUUGUUCGUGGCAGAUGUUGUUGAGUGUGCGGUGAAACUUGAAUGCCCCAAAAAGUGUCGUGUGGAAUUUAACGCACAGGGUACAAAAAUAAAUUUAAUCUAUUUAAAAACAACUAUCGUAUAUAUAAAAGAAAAAUAGAGUGACUAUAUAUAUACAGAAACUACUGGGUUUAAAAUUUGUGAACAGAGUGAGUUUAUGUACACGAUUAUAAAUGUUAAUUAUCUGUGCACUUUUGAUUAGCUAGCGUUCGUGACUUGGGUGAGAUUGUAUUUGAGAGCGGACUACCGGUGCAAUUCAGAGUGAGGCUUAAGGUGCGGCCUAAUGAGUUACUCUUCUCUACCUACUACAGAGAGAGAUGACCCCUUUGCAUGGAAGGUUACCGACAGAUGUAUAAGUGUGGUUCUUGCUGUCCCCACUCGUACAAGGUCAGUAUAUAUUGGUCAAGGUCUCAGUCCUGCUGUUAAGACUCGACUUGCCAUGAUACCACAGGACAUCAAAUUUCACAAUGUGACGUUUUUCACAAAAUUAUGAAUUCAAAUGUAUUCCCAUGAAUUUGUAAUUGUGUUUCACAUUUUAUCGUUUUUGUUUCUGUGCUUUGCUGUACUUCUCGUACGAAUAAAAACGACUUAAACGUUA